AUGGCCCCAAUCCCCGUGACAAUCGUCACCGGCUUCCUCGGCUCCGGAAAAACCACUAUCCUCCUCAACCUGAUCCCACAACUCCCCAAAACCUACCGACUAGCCCUUCUCAAAAACGAGUUCGGCGACGUCGCAGUCGAUUCCCAACUCGCCUCCACCCAAUCGAUCUCCGGCGUCCGCGAACUGCUCAACGGCUGCAUCUGCUGCAACCUGGUUGGCCAACUCAGCGAUGCUCUCGAAACCCUCCGCUCUGAGGUCGUCCCCGACCGAAUCGUCAUCGAGACGAGCGGGAGCGCUUUCCCCGCUACACUGGCUAUGGAGGUGAAUCGGCUUUCGCGCGAGGGCGAGGGCGAGUUCAUUCUUGAUGGGGUGAUUAGCGUUAUUGAUGUGGAAAAUUGGGAGGGGUAUGAGGAUACUUCCUAUACGGCUAAGUUGCAAGCCAAGUAUACGGAUUUGAUCAUCUUUAAUAAGUGGGAGGGGGUUCCGGAGCAGCGUUUGGAUGUCUGUCUUGACCGGGUUGGCGAUUUGGAAAUCGAGACGCCGUGGGUCAAGUCUGUCAAGGGUGUCGUGGAUAGGGAUAUCCUGCUGGGUAUUGACGGGGCGCUCUUCGCGAAGCAGAAUGGGGAGGAGGCUGUCGCGGGCAAUGGACACGAUCACGAGCAUGCGCAUGAACACAAGCAUGAUCACCAGUCGGAGGUGGAGGUUCUGUCGGUUAUUCUGAAGCAAUCUGCCCCCGGCAAGACGGUCGACGUGUCUGCGUUGGAGAAGCUGCUUUCUUCCGCGCCGAGAGAGGAGGUUUAUCGCAUCAAGGGCAUUAUUCGCUCUUCUGCGCAGAAUCCCCCGGCUGAAUCGUCGGAUGAUAUGGAUUCUCGGAAGCAUGGUGAGGGCAGUCGGUACUAUAUUCUCAACUGGGCGUUUGGGAGGUGGACUGCGACUCCCUCGACGGUGGUUGCGGAGUCAGCUGACGAGGCGGUUGUCGCUCGGCUGACGUUCAUCUUGGCCCGGUACGAGUCGACCAAGUGGAAGAAGAAGCUUGAGGCGGGUGGUCUGGUCCAGGCUGUUGAUGAUGAAGCUGCGUUGACUGUGGAGCGACUGGUUUGA